UCCAAUCCGAGGAGAAGGCAUUUGUCUGGAGUGCCAUUCAGACCAAUGACAGCAGCAUGUGGGCGUGUGUUGAGAGUGUGUGAGGUGCUUUUUGAGUUUAGUAAAUGACUGCAGCAAGAAAUACAGUGGGGCUGAGGGGCUUAUGAGCGAUGGAACAGGCACUGUAUGCUGAAAUAUCAACGUUUGGGCUUUUCUGACGAGGAUUCGAGAAAGGCGUUGAAACCAAAAAUGAGCAGCGUCUCCUAACUGGACCAGACAAUGGAAGUAGCUUCAUGCAGCUCUAACAAUUCACCCCUGGGAAACAAGAACGCACUAAAUCAGACUACCUCAGCCAGAGGUAGCUAAAACUAACGCGCGGCUCGUAAAAGCGGCAAAUUUGUUCAUUGGGAUGCGCGGAGGAAAGGCGCAAACGCGUAUGUAUAUUUUUCCAAUGACUUUGGGUGCAUUUCAGCGCUCUGAGGAGAUCUAGUGCAUAGUUUCAGUUGUUUUAAAUGUUUGCGAUGGAGCGUCUUUGAAUAUUGGCGACCACGCACGUAAUGCUGCAAUGGAUCGUCCGGAAUGAACGUCUCAAUUUGUCUCAUCGAGUUUUUUUGCACAGCGCUGCUUCCACCUGAAACCCCGCAACCCUCGUGAAACAGGAGCUCCGCUUCACCUGCACAGCGCGUGUCGGGAAGAUGACCAGCUCGUUGUCUGCAUGCUCGUGAGAUUUGUUUGGCCUUUCUGGGAAUCCGAAACGAGCAAAGGACCAAUUGUUAACCUCAGAAGUGAGAGAAAAAGGAAUUGUAGCGUGCACUGAGCUGUAGCGAACUACAUCCACUCAUCUCCAACCUGACACAAUGUUCGCACUCGGGAUUUAUUUGUGGGAAACUAUUGUAUUUUUCAGCUUGGCAGCGUCCCAACAAGCAGCGGCUCGGAAAGCUGCCACCCCAAUGCCCCCGUCAGAAUUCCUGGACAAGCUUAUGGGAAAAGUGUCCGGUUAUGAUGCAAGAAUCAGACCUAAUUUCAAAGACCCACAAGGCCCCAAAUCGGAUGGUACUCACAAGAAAGGUCCACCUGUGAACGUAACAUGCAACAUAUUUAUUAACAGUUUUGGAUCCAUUGCUGAAACAACAAUGGAUUACAGAGUGAACAUUUUCCUGAGACAGCAGUGGAAUGACCCUCGGCUGGCCUACAGCGAAUAUCCCGAUGACUCCCUUGACCUUGAUCCCUCCAUGUUGGACUCCAUUUGGAAACCCGAUCUGUUCUUUGCCAAUGAAAAGGGAGCCAAUUUCCACGAGGUUACUACUGACAACAAGCUUUUGAGGAUCUCCAAAAACGGGAAUGUUUUGUACAGUAUAAGAAUAACACUGGUUCUGGCCUGCCCCAUGGACCUGAAGAAUUUCCCAAUGGAUGUGCAGACCUGUAUAAUGCAGCUGGAGAGCUUUGGCUACACAAUGAAUGAUCUUAUAUUCGAGUGGGACGAGAAGGGAGCCGUGCAGGUAGCAGACGGACUGACUUUACCUCAGUUUAUAUUGAAGGAAGAGAAGGAUCUGCGCUACUGCACCAAGCACUACAACACAGGGAAGUUCACCUGCAUAGAAGCUCGUUUCCACCUGGAGAGACAGAUGGGCUAUUAUCUGAUCCAGAUGUACAUUCCCAGUCUCCUGAUCGUCAUUUUGUCUUGGGUGUCCUUCUGGAUCAACAUGGACGCUGCCCCUGCCCGUGUAGGUUUGGGGAUCACUACUGUGCUGACCAUGACCACCCAGAGCUCAGGAUCAAGAGCUUCUCUUCCUAAGGUCUCGUAUGUGAAAGCCAUUGACAUUUGGAUGGCAGUGUGCCUUCUCUUUGUCUUCUCUGCUCUGCUGGAGUAUGCGGCAGUCAACUUCAUUGCACGCCAACACAAGGAGCUACUGCGCUUCCAGAGGAGGAGAAGGCAUCUUAAGGAGGACGAGACGGGAGACGGCCGAUUCAGCUUCGCCGCCUAUGGCAUGGGUCCGGCGUGCCUCCAGGCCAAAGAUGGCAUGGCCAUCAAGGGCAACAACAACAACGCGCCCACCUCCGCCAACCCCCCUGAGAAGAGCGUGGAGGAAAUGCGCAAGCUCUUCAUCAGCCGCGCAAAACGGAUCGACACGGUGUCGCGCGUGGCCUUUCCGCUGGUCUUCCUCAUUUUUAACAUUUUCUACUGGAUCAUUUACAAGAUCAUACGCAGCGAGGAUGUUCACAGUAUGAAGUAAAGAGAUGCGAAUCCAUCCGCCUCCACGCCCCUCCCCACGUCCCACCGUGCCCACCUUCCUCUCCCUGCAGCGCUCUCACUCGAGUCCCCAGCAGAGGUAUUUAUUCCUUUUUUCGUCUCUUCCUUUCCUGUCCUCCUGAAUAAUCCGGACCUGUGCAAUAGCAAUGCAGUAAAAUGCAUGAUAUAUGAAUGUGGCAAUAUAUUUACUAAAAAAAUGAAAAUGACUAAAAGUAAAUAUUCAACUUAAGAACUUCUGAACUGAUGACUGGGAAUCUGAGAGGAAAACUUGUCAAACUUUUUUUUGCAACUUGAAGACGUACUGCAUUGCGAGAAUAUGGAAAAACAUUACUGCUGUAAUAUAUCAUAUAUUUAAAUGAUAAUACUUCAGCCAUUGAAAAUGAAACAUUUUUGUCUCCAGGCAGUUUGGGGCUUCCAUGAAUACACAAUGAAAAUAUGCUUUGGUACAUGUGUCCUGUGGUCUCAUGAUGUUUCAUUCUGAUAUAGAUUAUUAAUGGAUCUUGAUGAGUGCCAGUGAAAAAAAUAUAUUUAUUCGAGCUGUGGUCAGUGUGUUUCUCUAUCUGUGCUCAUUUUCAGGUUUCUUGUUCUUUGUUUAAAACAUCAGAUUAUGUUCUGCUCAUGUGUCAAACGUCAUCUUUAGGUUGAACAAAAAAUUACUCCACAAUUCCAUUUAUUUAUUCAUGCAUUCACCUUUUGAUAUAUAACCUAAAUAAACUAAAGCUAAAAUACAUAGGGGUGUGAAAAAUAAAUAUAAAUAUAUGUAAAUAAAAUAUACUUUUAAGUCUUUGCUUAUCUUUUUUUUUUUCUUUUUUUUCUUGUCAUCAUGGGCAGAAAGAAAAGCGAAGGGAUCUUUCAUAAUUCAUAUUUCAUACAGUGUUAUUUUUCUAAGCGUGGUUUAGCAGUACAGCCAAUGCCAUGAUUAUAGAUCUAUAUUUCCAACCAAAUGUAUAUUACAGUGAUUUUUCAAUCUAUAUGUAAAAACACUGCAUUGUGCAACAGAAUAAACAAGUGCACAAAGGUUUAGUUUAUUAAAUUUAGGAUGCAUCUUCAUCUGGCUUCUCUAUGCAAUAAUCGGAUAUGCAAUUAUUUUCAGUGUUCAUCAUGUUAAAUAUGGCCAUUUUAUUCUGGAGGUCCCCCAAAAAAUGCUAUUUCAUACAUGUUCAAUUUUCUCUUACAGUCAUGUUCAUUUGCUGUCUAUGCAUGGCUAGGUGUUUUUUUUUUUUUUUUUUUGGUGCAGAUGAUAUAGAUGUCAUUUGUCACUUUUGUAAUGUUUUGUUUGACUGCUGAACUGAAGAGAAACACCAUUAUAUAAAGUGAGCAUGUGUCAGGCUGUGUGAUAGAUGCUCUGUGCAGGAUAUGCAAGAUUUUGCCAUGCGUAACAUACUUUGUUUGUGUGUGUGUGUGUGUGUGUGUGUGUGUGUGUGUGUGUUGUUUGUUUAAAACCAAAGAGCAGUUUUGUUACUCUAUUGUCAUUGCCUUUCAGGUUUUCGAAUUUUACCAUUUUUUGUCUUCAUUUCAUCCUGUUUGAAGUGAUGUGGACAUUGACCAAUUUUGUAAGGCCUGUAACAUUUGUAAUUUAUUCAAUUUUUCACACAUGUAUUUACCUACAAGCGUAUGUCUUUAUACAUUGCAACUGGUCAGUCAUUUUGUGACAGUAAAAUAUCAAGAAACACAAACUUUCAUUUAGAUCUAAAUAAUGGUAUCAUAAUGUUUUGAUGUGCAUGUAUAAUUUUGGUUAAGAGUGAAGCUUGAAGUUAAUAGUUUA